GGGGAGGUGUGGCGUUACAGAUAUUCAGGAAAUUAUUAUUCCGCCGUUUAUUCUCAGCAUAACUGACGUCAACCGGGGCGUACCAUGCUUUAUAAAGGCAGCUUGCAUCUUUAAGGAUUCAUUCAUGGUAGCCCAUCAGACACAGCAAUGAAGAAGAAGUCUUGUAAUCCUCUGCGUCCCAAACGCAGCAGGCAGGGCAGCGCCAGUAAUGAACGGGCAACAGAGAUGAUGGGCACUGUGCUGGGCUUCAUUGCCCCACCAAACUCUGAAAGUGUCCCAGAAUCAGCCUCGCAAAACAGACACCUGACGAUGUUGCAGCACAGUCACAACCUCCUUAAGUUCUUGAAUGAGGACCGGACACGCCAGAGGUUCUGCGAUGUAUCUGUGUCGGUAGGUGGGAAGAUCUACAGUGCCCACAAGGUAGUGUUGGCCCACGGGAGCAGCUACUUUCAUGCUGAGCUGUCCAAGAACCCUACCACCACACAUGUGACUCUGGACCAUGUGGAGGACUCUGUUUUCCAGCACCUGCUUGGCUUUUUGUACACCUCUGAGUGCCUCGUCACAGAAAUGGACCUCCCGGCUCUGACCGAAGCGGCCCGAUUCCUGGACAUGAUGGAUAUACUAAAGCUUCUGUGUGAAGAAGGGGACAACAACCCAGUAAGUGUGAUCCAAGCCCAGGCAGAGUCAAGAGAGUCUCCUGAGGUGGAGAUGACAUCUGGUCACUCACCAGCAGGUGACACGGACAGCCUAAGCCCACCUGAUAUUCAGUGCUCCCUGUGCAGUCACCAGUUUAGCACUGAAAACUCUCUGCAGAACCACUUGGCUGAGCAUCACACUGAUGUACAGCAGCAAACCCUGACUGAGACUGAGAAGACUACGAUGCGGAGAUCAGCUCGUAGGAGGAGAACACCCACUAAGUAUAAGAAAGACGAUGUGGAAUACGUUAUCAACACUCUGGAGGAAACUCAAAGGACUGUGUCACCAAGAGAGCAGCGUGAAGAAAGAGAGGAAGAAACAGGACACAUGGUUGUAAAAAAACAAACACCCAAACAUUUGGAUGUGAAUGAGACAUCUAAACCAGUUCUGGUGGAAGACGUAGUAGAGGAGGAACAGGAAGACGAAGAAGAGGGAGACAUGAAUGAGGACUCGGCUGCCCAGAAGAAAGUUUCUGAGGUUUGUGCAGCAGACAGGCGGGCAGAUCAGCAGUGUUCAGAUGUAGCAAGGACAGAGCAGCAGGCUGUUGGAGAGGUGGAAGUGCAAGUGCCAGCAGCGGGAACCUCGAACCAGAGUCCAGUGUACCCUGAGGGUCUGGCUCCAGUUAUCAUCCAAACCGCCAGCAAGAAAACUCUCAAGUGUCCCAAAUGUGACAAGACCUUUGACCGCGCAGGGAAGUAUGAGAGUCACACCAGAGUGCACACAGGAGAGAAACCCUUCCAGUGUGACAUCUGUCUUCAGCGCUACUCCACCAAGUCUAACCUGACCGUACACAAGAAGAAACACGCCAGUGAUGCUCCCUUCCAGAAGAAAGAGCACAAGUGCCCAUUCUGUAACAAACUGCAUGCUAGCAAGAAAACCCUUGCUAAGCACGUCAGGAGAUUUCAUCCAGACCACAUCCAAGAGUUCCUCACCAAGAGGAAGAGGAAAAGUGAAGGCUGGAAAUGUGCUAUUUGUCUGAAGAGCUUCACCCGUAGGCCUCAUCUGCAGGAGCACAUGAUCCUGCACACCCAGGACCGACCCUUCAAAUGCUCCUUCUGUGAUGAACACUUCAAGUCCAGGUUUGCCCGGCUGAAGCACCAGGAAAAGUACCAUUUAGGUCCUUUUCCCUGUGAGAUUUGUGGCCGACAGUUUAAUGACACAGGCAACAGGAAGAGGCACAUUGAAUGUACACAUGGAGGCAAAAGAAAGUGGACCUGCUUUAUUUGUGGGAAAUCAGUAAGAGAAAGGACAACUUUGAGGGAGCACUUGCGGAUCCACAGUGGGGAGAAACCUCACCUGUGUAGCAUCUGUGGGCAGAGUUUUCGUCACGGCAGCUCCUAUAGGCUUCACCUGAGAGUCCACCAUGAUGACAAACGCUAUGAGUGUGGCGAAUGUGGGAAAACCUUCAUACGCCAUGAUCACCUCACCAAACAUCAGAAAAUACACUCUGGUGAGAAAGCGCAUCAGUGUGAAGAAUGUGGGAAGUGUUUUAGGCGCCAUGAUCAUCUAACAGUCCACUACAAAAGCGUUCAUUUGGGAGAGAAAGUUUGGCAGAAGUAUAAAACUGCUGUGCAUCAGUGUGAGGUUUGCAAGAAAGAAUUUAAAGGAAAGUCCAGUCUAGAAAUGCACUUCAGGACCCACUCUGGUGAGAAACCGCACAGAUGUCCUGAGUGCCACCAGACAUUUCGCAUUAAGAAGACUUUGACAAAGCACAUGGUGAUUCAUUCAGACGCUCGUCCUUUUAACUGCCCCCACUGCAGCGCCACCUUUAAAAGAAAAGACAAGCUCAAGUACCAUGUGGACCAUGUGCACAGCACCCGCUUCACUGAGCAGCCCCUCACAACGCUCAGCGAGGACAAAAUAGUCUCUAUUCCUUUUGAGGAAACCUCAAAGGUAUAUCGUGCUGAGCCUAAGUCGACCCUCCAGAGCAGCCCCCCUCCUACGAAUGUCUGCGUGCCUGUCACUUUAGUUCCUGUCCAGAUGGCAGGAGGGGCGCAGGGCAAUUUGAACACACACGGGGCAACGUCUCUCUCCUCCCAAACUCACACUGUUGUGGGCAUGCAGGCUCAAGGGCAGCAGCAGAACUACCAGGCCGCUACAGACCUGGCCUUCUUAGAGAAGUACACCCUCACCCCACAGCCCACCAACAUUGUCCACCCUGUGAGACCUGAUCAGAUGCUGGACCCCCGAGAGCAGUCUUAUCUGGGCACUCUGCUUGGACUGGAUUCAGCUUCCUCUGUGCAGAACAUCUCCAACUCUGACCACACCCACUAAUGCUCUAUAAGCAAACCCUGGACCAGUCCAACAACUUAAACAAUGAUUUAGUGAGAGGAACAGAAGCUACAUUAUGCAACCACUAAAAAUAUCUACAUUUCGAAUACCCAAUUCUUGACCUCUAUGUUAAAUGAUUACAUUAAACCGCACCACUGCACUUGAUUCAUUUUGGUUCUGCUGCAACAUGGGAUGAUAACUUGCAUUGUAGUCAGCCUGAUCUCAGACAAUUCACCUUAUUGUUGAAAAAAUAAACGUCAUGACAUGUUUGAAAGCAGGAUGCAAACAGCUCAUUUUAGCAGAACUCAAGCAAAAACAUGGCUGUCAUCACACAGGUGUUGAGUUUUCACUUUUUGUUGCUUUAUCUUUCUAUUUUCUUC